UACUAUUCUGCCUUUUGACUCCCUGACAACUCCACCAAGUCCAGUUUUAAGUUUCGGAACAGUUUGAAUUUCCAGAAUUUGUCGGUAAUUAUAUAUAUAACAGGAGAAAGUACCGGACUAAUUGCAAAUUUGACAUUGAUACAAAAGGGAAAGUACAGCUUAAAGAUGUUGUUUAGCUGACAACAACUUUACGAGAAUUUGUGAACUAGUUAAGUUCUUUCUUGUUCUACAUAUUUGAACUUAAAAUUAAAAUAAUUUGGACUGGAUAUUCUGAUAAGAGAAGGAAUAUCGGACAAAAAGGAUAAUACCAUGGUAAAAGCUGGACUUUUUGCCGUCCUGUGUUUUGUUAUAACAGUGUCCGCGCAAGAAUCAGAACCAUGCGAAUUUGGAAAAGUUCCGAUUUGUAUAGCCAAUUUUACUUUGACCGUCAAUGAGGCGACUGGUGCUGGAAUAAUAGAUUCCAUCUUAGGAAAUGACUACAUAGAUAUAUGCAGUGAAAGGGCGAACGUUGUGCAGUGCGUUAUUCGACACACGGUGGGAUGCAUGGAGGAUAUGAAAGAGCAGGCUCUUGAUUCUCUUGCAGCUGCCCUCUCCUUACUUGAAGAUACAUGCUCUGAACACACUAUAAAUGACCUACUGUGUAAAAAUGUGCAGUGUGAAAAUGGAGGAAUGUGCAUCCUAGAAGAGUAUACUAUAAAUGGAGAUGAUACAUUCCUAAGGCAGUAUUUAUAUUAUAAAAACAAGGGUAUAAAAUGCCAGUGUCCACUAGGCUUCAAAGGAAACUUUUGUGAAAAAGAAGAUGUAACAGUAGUAGCAACUACAUCUACAAGUGCGCGUGGAUCGAGUUGCAUGUCCAAUCCAUGCUAUGGAGGUGCCACGUGCGUUGAUCUACCUGGUGAUGAAAGUACAAGUGGUGCAGAAUCUGGAGAAGGUGAAAGUAUUUCUGGGAGUGGAACCACAUCCGGGUCUGUAAGUGGAUCAGGAAGUGGUGACAACUCUGGAAAUGGAUCAGGGUUUAAUUCAGGAUCGGGAUCAAGC